ACUAUCCUCUCUGCCAAAAAGAAAUCCUAGCACGCACAUGCCUCAUUUUCCUCCUCCGGCAAUUAUCGUCCUCUCGUGCAACUGUAACCUGCCAUGGCUGCUCAGCCCAGAGAAGGAAAGAACGUUGAAGAAUGCGGAGAUAUAGCAGGGAAUUGAAAGACUACUUAAAGUUUAACCGAAACGAAAGAGCCGCACAAGGAAACGUUGAAAAGCUCUUACCUUUCCCAUCUAUCUAUCACCAUUCCUUCGCCUUCCUCUUCCUCCUCCUCCUCCUCCUCCAUUGCCCCAUCUCUAUAAACCUCUGUCUCCGAGGAUUACUGCGGCGGAGUUGAGCAUCGUUGUUAGCCAGGAGGAAAGAGGGAUGGAGAAGACGAAGCAGCAGGAGGAGAAGAAGCCGUCGGCAGUGUCGGACGUGGGGGCGUGGGGAAUGAACGUUGUGAGCUCCGUCGGGAUUAUAAUGGCGAACAAGCAGCUUAUGUCCACAACGGGUUACGCAUUCACGUUUGCAACUACUUUGACUGGUUUGCACUUUGGUGUGACUGCAUUGGUUGGAUUAGUUUCAAACGCCACCGGAUAUUCUGCUUCAAAGCAUGUUCCUCUGUGGGAGCUUCUCUGGUUUUCCCUUGUCGCCAACACAUCCAUCACAGGGAUGAACCUGAGCCUUAUGCUUAAUUCUGUUGGCUUUUACCAGAUUUCCAAGCUUAGCAUGAUUCCUGUGGUUUGUGUGAUGGAAUGGAUGCUUCAUAACAAGCAGUAUUCAAAGGAGGUGAAGAUGUCUGUUUUAGUGGUGGUUGUGGGUGUUGGUGUUUGUACAGUGACAGAUGUCAAAGUUAAUGGCAAAGGUUUUAUAUGCGCGUGCAUAGCAGUGCUUUCCACAUCUUUGCAGCAAAUUUCUAUUGGCUCUUUACAGAAGAAGUAUUCAAUUGGCUCUUUUGAACUGCUUAGCAAAACAGCUUCAAUACAGGCUCUUUCCCUUUUAAUUCUUGGUCCCUUCAUUGAUUACUCUCUCAAUGGCAAAUUCAUUUUCGAAUACAAGUUCUCCUCAGGCUCCAUUCUCUUCACUCUUCUCUCAUGCACCCUGGCAGUCUUCUGCAACAUAAGCCAAUACCUCUGCAUCGGCCGUUUCUCAGCCGUGUCAUUCCAAGUUCUUGGCCACAUGAAAACUGUUUGUGUGCUUAUUCUUGGCUGGCUAUUAUUCGAUUCACAACUCACUCUGAAAAACAUAUUGGGAAUGGCUCUCGCGGUCAUCGGCAUGGUUGUGUAUAGCUGGGCCAUUGAACUGGAGAAGCAGCAAUAUUCUAAUUCUAGCUUUGCUUUGGCUAAAUCAAGCCUCACCGAAGAGGAGAUUCGUCUCUUGAGGGAGGAAGUGGAGAAGUCAAAUACCAAGGAUGUGGAGCUUGGUGAGGCAAAGCUGUAAUGGUAGCAGACUAUUUGUUCGGUAAAUUUGUGUUGAAGCUCGAUUAUAUGCCGCGUGCUGUGGAGAGAUGUAAAUAUUUUAUAUUUUUAUAUGAUUUCUGAUUUUUAGUCUAUGCAACCAGUUUGAGACCUUGUGAUUCAUUUCUUUUGUACGUGAUUUCUAAUCUAAACCGUGAGUUCUUGUGUGUGGGUUUGUUU